AUGGCAUCCCCCCGAAAAACCAAUCAAGCAACGACAAAAGAUUCACAAUCAUCAUUACAGCAAGCGCAAAAAAAUUCGGUCGAAUGCGAGAGCUUCAAAGCACCAUGGAAAUUAUAUCCCAUUGAUUCGUACAAUGAACUCAGAACGAAACAUGGCAAAGAAAAUAUCAAGGUGAUUCACAUGGUCCGUCAUGCCGAAGGGACCCACAAUGUGGACGGUGACUACAAAAACGAAAAGAAUAUGGAUGCUCGCUUGACGGAAAAUGGAAUGGCGCAAUGUCAAUCACUGGCUCAACAUACUCAAGCCACCAUGACGGAAGAAAUAUUACAAGAUAUAGAUGAUGUGGCAGUCAUUACAUCUCCGAUGACACGAUGCGUCCAAACGGCUCUCUAUUCCUUCCGUUGGCUGCCAGAUAAUGAUGAUGAUGAUUCAUCGGGCAAGAAGGUCCCCUUUGUAGCAUUGGAAUCCAUACGAGAGACAGUAAAUUAUGCUUGUGAUCGGAGACGGACUAUUGCCGAGAUCUCCAAAGACUUUCCAAGGGUGGACUUUACCAAGUGCGAUCAGGACAAUGAUUUCAUUUGGGACGACUACCGCAAUCGGUUGGGCAAGGAUUGGGACGAGCACAUGGAAUCAGGCGAAUUGAAUAUGAUUGCCCAUCGAGCACGAGAGGGUUUUGAGUAUCUGCAAGGUCGACCAGAACAUCACUUGGUUGUAUGUUCGCAUUCAGCGUUCUUGCGAUGUAUUCUCAAUUGGGGUCAAGAGGAAGGGGUUCCACAAAUGCCACCGCAAGUAUUGGACAAACGACAGGACAAGACCAAUUACAAGCUGUUCAAGUUUUGUGGUUCCAAAGCAGGUUGGGAGGACCAGAUGCGAUCCAACUACGAAAAUUGUGAAUUACGGUCAUUCUGUAUGCUAGCACAAGGUCUGUAG